GAUGGCCGGCGGCGGCAGCGGCGGAGGAGGGGGGCCUCGCGGAGCUGGGGGCGUCGAGCGUAACAGCGCCGGCACCACCGUUCAGUGCGGCCCCCACCAGUACCGCCUGGGCCUCUACGGCUGGCGAAGACGUUGCCUCUACGCCCUGGUGUUGCUCCUCCUCGUCAUGGUCAUCCUCAACCUGGCCCUCACGCUCUUCAUCCUCAGAGUCCUCGACUUUACUACGGAGGGUAUGGGAGGACUGCAGAUGGUGAGAGGCGGAAUGAUCGCUAGCGGGGACGUGCAUGUCAUGGACACCCUGGUGGCCGCCCGUAUCCUCUCCCGCCCACACACGCCCAUUCGUAUCCUGGCGGCCAGCAACUUCUCCAUCAGCGCUACUGACGCAGACGGCCGGGUCACCAACAGCAUCUUCAUGAACUCUGAGGCGAUGGAGUGCACGUCAGAUCGUCUGGUGAUCCGCGACAAGGAUGGAAGGCUUCUGUUCUCCGCCUCUCGUGAGGAGGUCCUUGUCGGAGCCAGGCAUCUCACUGUCACAGGUGAAGGUGGAGCGGUGUUCAGCGGUUCCGUGCAGACGGCGCACGUCUCAGCUCCAGUGAGGGAGAGCCUCCUGCUGGAGUCCCUCACGCGAAGUCUGGAGAUCACGGCGCCUCAGGGAGUGGCGCUGGAGUCCCGCGCCGGCACCAUUUCGGCUCAUUGCCUUCACGACUUCACACUCCAGUCUACCGGUGGUGUGAUUAAGUUCGACACUCCCAACAUUUUCGUCCGAGGACUUCGGACGUCCACUAUUCAGACGAGUGACCCCACCCGAGCCCGGCCUGAUGUCUACCAGGUGUGUGUAUGCAGCAGCGGCCGGCUGUUCCUGGCGGCUCCAGGAGGAGUGUGCGCCGCUGAUCAAGAUUUCUGCAAGUAGCCUUAUAAAUACCAAGGUCCCCACACCGUCUGUCUGUCGAUAGUUGGCCCCCGGCUUGAGUCCCUUGUGAGAGCCCAUCCAUCUGCCUGGAGGGGCCUUUAUUCACGCCCCUUCUCCCCCUGGAAGGUCGUCGCGAAUACCGCCUUAGGAGACUCUGAACUUCUCCGAAAGCCCGUGUCUUCGGUGAGACCGCCAGGAUCUGCCUCGAGUGGCUGAAACGCUCACCGGGACUCCUCGAGGAGAUUGCGAUCAACGAUGCAAUUGAAAGCGAUCAUAAUAGCUCACCAGGACACCUAUCGUGACUGUGAUCUCAGUGCUAACGAAACUUUACCCCUUGUAUAUAAUCCGAGACUUGUGCUAACGAAGUAAGAUGCGUGGAAUCAGCAACGAAAUAAAUGAUGAAAAGGCUAAAAGAAAGGCUAACAGAAAAACGAAAAGCGGUGUGUGUGUAGUGCUGUUUGGAAUCCCUGGCUCACCCUGGGAUUAUCUUCUACUGUCAGGUUGGAUCUGAAGGCUGUGAGGCUCAGCUUGUGUCGGUGAAGCCUCUUUGUUGUUGCUGCCUCGGGCUCCCCUGGCCUCGCCUGCUGCUGUUACUGCUCCUGCUGCUGUUACUGCUUCUGCUGCCGACUAGUGGAGCUAGCUGUAGAUAAGGAGCAGAGGCAGCAGUGGCAGUAGAAGCAGCAGAGGCAGCAGGAAGAACAGAGACAGCAGAAACAACAGAGGCAACAGAGUCCUGCUGGUCGUUGCCCCUCAAUCUAAUUGUGAAAUGAGUAGAGAAAACGAGAGCUGUUGAGUCCAUGAAGAAAACUGAGAUUGGGCUGACUGACAGACACACACACACACACACAACAUUUCAGAACCGAAAAAGAAUUGUGAAGUGUAGAGCAGGACAAGAAAGAAGGCAACAUGCA